GGACAGAUGAUGCUCCAAAAGAAGAGAGAUGCCCCUGGGGUUUACCAGCUGGCUUCACUCUUGAUGGAGCUGGACACUUCUGAUGAAACAUCACAGAUCCUUUGUGCUGAUGCCCUGUACCAGAUGGGCUGUGUAGAAGAAGCUCACAAGCUCCUCUUACUAGCACUCUCGAGAAAUCCACAAAGGUCCCCCAUCCUGGCUAGACUGGCACUUCUGCAAUUGAAGAAAGGUUUCCUGUAUGAUGGCAACCAGCUGCUAAAGAAAGUGAUCAAAAUUGGAGAUACUUCCUGCCUCCUGCCAAUCAUGGACAUUUUCAAAGAUGAAGACCGAAAGCUGAUGCAGAGCCACUGCCGUUUCAGAGCAUUGACCAUCUUGAAGAACAAACAGGAGGAUGCUGACAUCAAAGAGGCCAUUGCCUACCUUUCCUUUGCUAUCAUUGCUUCAGGUGGUUAUGCUGAAGAUUGCCUUCUCAUCAGGGCUCGAUGUUAUGGACACCUUGGUCAGAAGAAAACUGCUAUUUUUGAUUUUAAUGCCAUCCUAAAGGAGGACCCUAGGAAUGUGCAAGCUCUGAGUGGUCGAGGAUUCAUUUACCUUGCUCUAAAGCAGCAGAAGGAGGCAGUGCAAGAUUUAAUCUCAGCACUGAAGGUGGAAGCAGGAGUAGUGAUCACAGCAAUCCUGUCUUUAAAGCGUGAAGCCCAAGGGUUGAUUACUCAAUGGCUCCUUCAGCAUGCCAGGACUGUGUUAUCUGAACUCAUUGCUACUAAAGACCAUUUAAAAGAAGAAACCCUCAGGGAUCUUCUGAUGAUUGCAAAAGCACUAAUUAAAAUGUGCAAGGAUGCACAAUAUCACAUCUUCUACAUAGAUGUUUUGAUUGCAAAUGGACGGUAUGGAGAGGCCCUUGAUCACCUUCAGGAAGCAUUUGGCCACUCGUUUCCUGGUGACUUUGCUAACGCAAGAUUAGCUGUGCUGCAGCUGAAGAGGAGGAAUGCAGCAGUGGCAGCUCACUCAUUCAGCAUCCUAGCUAAAAGAGAUGAAAGGGAGUUGGGCUUUCUUCUGAACUUCGUAGACACUAAGCAACAGCGACAUCUCUCUCAGGUAGCAGCCCAGGAAGGAAAUGUGCUGAUGAAAGAACAUCACUAUGAGAAGGCUCUUGGUUAUUAUACCCUGGCUGUCUUGACAAGCAAAGAUAAUCCAAGACAUCUGCGACAGAGAGCUGCUUGCCUUAUGCACCUACAAAAAUAUGACAAAGCUUUAAAAGAUAUGGAUAAAGUGAUCCAGAAACAUGACUCUAACAGUCUUAGAACACGCGUUGAGGACCACUGCUUAAAAGGACACUUGCUGUUGUUGGUGGCUGAGGAAGAAGCAGCAGUUAAGCAGUAUAUUGAGGCACUACAAUUAGAUGAAUCUGUGGCAUUAUGCAGCAUCAUGGAUGGCCCUGGCAGUGAAAUUUUAACCAAAACAUUUCAUAAGAUUGCAGAAUCUCAUUUUGAAAUGCAGCAUUUUGAAGAGGCCUGGAAAAUCACUGACUAUGGUCUUAAAAUUGAUAAAAAUACUGAGCUUAAAAAGCUGAAAACAAGACUUAAACGAGAGGCAUCAAGCUGCAGCAUACAUUGA